UCACUUCCUGAUUGCGCGCUCCCGGGCUCACCGCGCUUAUCUAGCAUGCAGCGCUGCUGUUUUUGUUCACUUUAACCAGCCCAGCUCCGUGCAUUGGAGAUUACUUUCUUUAUCUCCUUUUUAUUUUAUUUUUUUUCAGGAAACUUUCCUGGUUUUUAUUUGUGCAUAUUCCUAAAAUAAGCGCGCGCAUUUCCACCAUGCCUAACAUCGUGCUGUUCAGCGGGAGCUCCCACCACGACCUGUCCCAAAAAGUGGCCGACCGUCUCGGGCUGGAGCUGGGCAAAGUGAUCACCAAGAAAUUCAGCAAUCAGGAAACCUGCGUGGAAAUAGGAGAGAGCGUGCGAGGCGAGGAUGUCUACAUCAUACAGAGCGGCUGUGGAGAAAUCAACGACAAUCUCAUGGAGCUGCUCAUUAUGAUCAAUGCAUGCAAGAUCGCUUCGUCGUCACGUGUCACCGCUGUCAUCCCAUGCUUUCCCUACGCCCGGCAGGACAAAAAGGACAAAAGCCGUGCACCGAUUUCUGCUAAACUGGUUGCUAACAUGCUGUCGGUAGCCGGAGCAGAUCAUAUCAUCACUAUGGACCUUCAUGCUUCCCAGAUUCAGGGGUUUUUUGACAUUGCUGUUGACAACCUAUACGCAGAACCCGCGGUCCUCCAGUGGAUCAGAGAAAACAUUCCGGAGUGGAAAAACUGCAUUAUCGUGUCGCCUGACGCCGGUGGCGCUAAGAGGGUGACCUCCAUCGCCGACCGGCUGAACGUAGAGUUUGCUCUCAUUCAUAAAGAGCGCAAAAAAGCUAACGAGGUGGACCGGAUGGUGCUGGUAGGGGACGUGAAGGACCGAGUGGCCAUCCUGGUGGACGAUAUGGCUGACACGUGUGGAACCAUCUGCCACGCUGCUGAUAAGCUGAUCUCUGCCGGCGCUAUAAAGGUCUACGCAAUUCUUACCCAUGGCAUCUUCUCGGGUCCUGCGAUUUCACGGAUCAACAACGCUCCCUUCGAGGCUGUUGUUGUCACCAACACCAUUCCACAAGAGGAGAAGAUGAAGCAAUGUCCCAAAAUUCAGGUCAUCGACAUCUCCAUGAUUUUAGCCGAGGCUAUCCGGAGAACCCACAACGGCGAAUCCGUCUCGUACCUUUUCAGUCACGUUCCGUUGUAAAAGAGAAGAGCGGUUAGACCUUCAUCCUCCUACGUCAAUGAUAUCCAUUCGGCCAGUACCCAUCAUCACCACUCGGGAGUCCUGAGAGUCGGUCACAUCCAGGAGCAAACAUUCCAUUCACAAAACGAACUUUGUGGCAGUUUACCAUGGCUCUUUUUUUUUUUUGGGAUCUUUUGUGUUAACCAAA